UUCCUAGUCUUGUCACUCGUGUGGUAAAAGAGCCAAACAAAGCUCGCACCUAGCUACGUAAGUAGUGCCUUCGCCGAAACCCUUACCUAACCAAUGGCACGGUACUCACACGCCUGGCUCCCGCUUCUUCUUCUCGCAUGUGCCCUUGUGCAGAGCUCUUACGGCUCGAGACCAUCUCCCCGGGAGCCGCAGAUGGCCGGGGUCCCGUCUCCGACGAUGGUUCACGGCGCCGCCGAACCACGCUCCCGCGAAGACAGGGCGACCAAAGUCCGGCCCCCGACGGAGAAGGGUGCGACUGGUCAUGAUGGAGCAAACGCUGAUGGUGGUGGUGAUGGUGUUGUGUCGUCGGAGCAGAGGAAGGGUUCAGGGCCGCCGGUGCUGCAGACGGCAUUGGGAAGGAUGCUGGGUUCGAAGCUGGCGCGGCGAGUGCUGGGAGGGGAGAUGGAGGACUCUGCGGCCGGGCCGUCGUGCCACUCCAACAACGCGCACAUCACCUGUGCACCGCCGGCACAGCACUGACCGGGCCGGGUGCUUCUUCUUGCUGUAGUCUGGCAGCACGAGCUAGCUAGUCCCAGCUGAUUCCUUCGUCCCUUGAUGAUGCUUCCCUGUAAAUUAACAGUAGCUCUUUCGAUCUUGUUCUUCAAAAAAUG